AUCAAGCAGAAUGCUCGAGUGACUCUGAGAUUGGAUAUGAUGCAUCUGAUGUCUAUGACAGAUUGUGUGCUCCUUGGGUGAAGCGCUGACUAAGCCCUCUGCCUUCAAUACUCAGGAUACCAAGGCUUUACAAGCUUGUCUUUCGCCUCUACUCCCUCGGGAGCCCUCAAUUGCAAGCAAGGCCAACAUUUUUGUUACUCGCAAAAAAUUAUAUACCAGCAUACCGAUGGCAAAGGCUUCCAAGCUGAUGACAUUCACAUUCCUCGUCAGGUGCUGCAUCGCCUGGUCAUGGUCGCGUCAAUCUCCGGAUCAACUACGAAUCAGUUCAAUCUGUCAAGCAUGAUACUCAAGCCUUUUCAUCUCAGAUGCACGGUAGUUUUUGUGGCUCUUUUAUUAUCGUAUGUAUAAUGCUCUCUUCCCCAGCUGAGCUAUCCCACGAAGAGAUCGACCUGAUUUCUAAACACACUGGUGCAUUUGAUGGAUAUAUGCGUAAAAAUGACUGCUUUCAAGAGGCCGCAAGGCACGCCCAAGGUCGUUGCGAGGUAUCUCAUAUGAGCGAGGACGAACGCAUACAAGUCGCUAUCAGGCUCACUCUCUGUGAACUUGCUACAGCCCGCCACCAUACACCACCUCUCGAGUGUUCUCCAUUUAUUAACAAUGUCGGACCACACAUUUCACAUCAUGCAGUAGGUGAUUGUGUCGAUGCACUCUCUCGGAGCGCUCAAUUUUGGUCUAGCUAUUCUGGGUACCUGCGAGAAAUCCCCCAGCUGUGCUUUGCGUUUCGUCGAUGGAUGGAAAUUGACACCGCAAAAGAUAUCUAUAGAAACAUAACGUUGGAGAAACUUGCUCUGAUUCGAUUUUUCCUCGAACAGCAGGAGGGAUUCACAGCUGCGCAUCAGAACUGGGAGCAAUCAUCUACAGACCUACGCGAUCUCAUCAGUGUGUUGAAGUCGACUAGCGGUAAUAUACGCGAUGUUGCAGAUGUGGCGUCCACUUCCAUCAUUCAAAAUGCGCAAUCACUGUUCACAAAGAUGGAAACCACUUUAUCAGUCAUCAACCAGCGCGGCUUUGACGAUCAUAUUCGUUCAUUGGACAAGGUUGAUCGGAGGAUUGAUGACCUGACAUUAAGCCAUUCAAAAUCCAUGUCAUCGCUACUAUCACUUGUCGAAUCGCGUUUAACCGCUGAAAUUGAAGCAAUCGCAUCUUUGAUGUUAGAGCAGAGUUUUCAAUCUCGGGCAGUCGCGGAUCAAGUUCAGCAAAAAUGGUCCGCGCUUGACGCAACUUUCAUUGCUAUGCAAAAUUCCUUCCACGACCUGCAGAGUGUGAUCACAGGGCUUACAUUCUCUUUGGAUUCCUCUCUUUCCCAAGUCGUGCAUGUGCAAGAGAUCCAGCGAGAGGUCGCAGAGUCUGUUUCACUUCUUGAUAACAGAAUUUCCCAGCUCACGGAGGUGACCCACCGUGAACUUGAAACAAUCAAUCAGACAGCCCUUGCUCUCAUUGAUACCUUUCAGCGCAAGUCAAAACACGAAUCUUGGCUAAUUAACCUGCAGUGGCUUUUACGUUUUGUCGAACCCACGUCAUUGCUCGGCUUCAAGACUUUUCAAGCCGCGACCAGUCUCUUGGUAUUCCUCUGGCGUCUUCUGGAAGUGGUACUAUCACUUCUUAUGACUAGCGUCGCAGUUUCUAGCAUCAGAAGUCAACUGUUACCCAAGUUCCGCAGUUCAAAACAGGUACAGCCGCAAGAAAGUUCAUGGCGUCUCGACUCUCAAGUGGAGGAGAAUGUGUCACCUGUGUCGAAUGUCAGGCAUCUGCAACGGAAUGACUGUUUGGACCCGCGGAUCAUUCGGCGACUUACUGGACCUCGCGUAUCUCGCAUACCCGAUAGGAUCUGUCGUCGAGCCACCCCUUAUUGAAAAUCGUUGCAAUUCUCUUUUAACCUUUUCUGUCUUUGUAUACUCUUUGCGUUAAUUCAGAAAACAAAAUGGUUUCCAUGCGUC